AUGGGCACACGGAUACCAUACGUGCAUGAUGGUAUCGACGAGCUCGUGGAUACGGACACGACGAACUCCAUCCGCGAUAUGCAACUCCCAUCCGCUGGUCUCGACAGCACCAACCAGUUCCUCCAGCGUAUCAAUGCCCAUUGGGAUACGCGAUGGCGCGACUUUGGUCUGCUCUGGAUGUAUGUUGCCUUCAACGUCGCCGGUGCGAUGGUCCUGUACUGGUUUUUCCGCGUGCCCAAGGGCAAGAAGGCCAGAAACUGA